CUCAGAGAUAGCUCGGGGGGGGGGGGGGGAGGGGAGAGCAAAGCCAGCCACUCAGAAACAGUAGUAAAAUCUCCCCAACACUUUAACUGUCAAUCAGGCUCAAUGGGGUAUAAACCCUCCCCGGCGCUGCAGCUGUGAUAGGCAGAGAGAGCAAUGGGGAGAAAUGAAUAAGACCCAGAGCUGAAACAGUGCUCAGCCUAAUUCCCUGUCUGUGAUCACAGAUCCUCCACGUGAAAGAAACAGGAGAGAGGCAGUUAAUCAGCUCUGCCUUUUGCAACAAGCUCAGAAGAGACUGCCUAUAGAUACUUAUAUAGAUAUUUUAAGAAACCGACAGCCACCUUACACUGACUAGACCGUUUCUUAAAAAGAAAGUCCUGGCAAGCCUUAAGCAAUUUCCUGAGUCUAAGAAUAGCAAUGGGCUGCCUGGAAGGCACUGCAAGCUGAAAUUUGGAGACUUGGGUUGCUUCAUUAUUAUUAUUACUUUUUUAAAUAAAACCCUGCAAUUUGGAAACUGGAUUUUAAUUUUGCACUUUUAAACUGUAGGGGCUGGUGGGUUUUAUUUUUUUUUCUUCCACCCCCCUUCUCCCUCUCUCGCUCUUUUUAACUUAAACAAACUCUCUGUCCUCCUCCAGUAGAAAAACAUUUUACCUGCAUGUGACAAUCCCAAAGGGAGCUGAGCAGCGAGAGAGGGGAAGCAACUGUCUUCUGCACAAUUUUACUCCAACCCCCCCCCCACACACACACACUUUUUUUUUUCUGGUGGGGGGGAAAGAAGGAUCUUUCCCUUCCAAGGUUUUCUCUCCCCAGGGUUUUUGGAAGGGGGUUGAAGCCUGUUCCCCCUAUUGGGGGGGGGGGAAGAAAGAGGGCGUGUUGCCCUUCAGACUCUCUGGUUUUGUGAAGGGGCUGGAACAGUUUUUUUUGGGGGGGGGUUCGGGGGUCGCCCUGCCCUGCCCUGCCCGCAUCAAGAGGAUGGUUUGGAAAUGGCUGGGCGCGUUGCUGCUUUUCCCGGUGCAGAUGGUCUAUUUGGUGGUAAAAGCCGCCGUGUGCAUCCUGCUGCCGGCCAGGCUCCGGGACUUGUCCGGGGAGAGCGUGCUGAUCACCGGAGGGGGCAGAGGCAUCGGUCGCCACCUGGCCAGGGAGUUUGCUAAACGAGGAGCCAGAAAGAUCAUCCUGUGGGGUCGAACCGAGAAGUGCCUUAAGGAAACCACAGAGGAGAUUAGAAUGAUGGGAACAGAGUGCCAUUACUUCAUUUGCGAUGUGGGAAAUCGAGAGGAAGUCUAUCAGCAAGCCAAAGCUGUCCGGGAAAAGGUGGGUGAUAUCACCAUCCUAGUGAACAAUGCUGCUGUCGUGCAUGGUAAGAGCUUGAUGGACAGCGAUGACGAUGCUCUACUCAAAUCACAACACAUAAAUACCCUGGGACAGUUCUGGACCACCAAGGCCUUCCUGCCACGCAUGCUGGAGCUGCAGAAUGGGCACAUUGUUUGCUUGAACUCUGUCUUGGCCUUGUCAGCCAUCCCUGGUGCCAUUGAUUACUGCACCUCCAAAGCCUCUUCCUUUGCCUUUAUGGAAAGCCUGACCUUGGGAUUACUGGACUGUCCUGGAGUGAAUGCUACAACAGUCGUGCCAUUCCACACCAGCACAGAGAUGUUUCAGGGCAUGAGAAUAAGAUUCCCCAAUCUUUUCCCCCCACUGAAACCAGAGACUGUGGCCAGGAGAACAGUAGAAGCUGUUCAGCUGAACCAAGCCUUCCUCCUCCUUCCGUGGACAAUGCAUGUACUUGUCAUCUUGCAAAGCAUUCUCCCUCGGUCAGCACUUGAAGAAAUCCACAAGUUUUCUGGAAGCUACACCUGUAUGAACACGUUUAAAGGGCGAACAUAGACCUGGUCAUACUUAGACUCAUUCUAAAAUGAAGCCAACACAAACAGCAAAAUCCUGACAAGAUUGUGAAUCAACGGUCUUGGCUUUUAGCCUGCCUUGCUCACAUGACUUGUGCUGCUCUCAGGCAACAAAUUUCUUGCAGGUCAUAUCCAUAGCAACACGACCUUUGCACAGGACUGCAUGGCUAGACUGGACUUUUGGGAGGAACAACAAAAACAUUGAGAUGUUUGUACAAUGUUUAAUUCUUUAGAGUCUGAUUGUUAAAUCCGCUCAUAGUUUUAAGAUUUAAUUGUCAUUUUAAUUGUACCCUUAGGCUGCUCCAACCAGGGUGCAGCACAUCCCUCCCCACUCUGCUCACAGAAACAGGAAGAGCAACUAGUGUUGAUUUCAGAUCAGCUUUUUGAAUGAGAAUUUAAAAAAUGGCUUUGCAGGGUUACUAGCUAAGGGUGUUUAUUGGGACCCCACUUUUUUCCCCCCUCACUGCAUUGGGUGGCUGUACUUUACAGCCAUUGAAGCAGAUUGUUCCGCUCAUUCUUUUGCAUCUCUGGACAGGAGCAAAUAGCUGGUCCGCUCAGGGGCCACUCAAAAAGUGGGUGGAAGGACAGCACUAGCUAUAGCAAGUCUUUAUUGCUGCCUGUCCAAAGGCUGAAGUGGCAGGCUCAGAAAGAGGAGUGACUAGACAUAUUUCAUGAGAUGGACAAUCUGAAUAGUGGAAGGUCCCGCCUGCCGCUGAAAUCAUAUACAGAAAGUAAUUGUCUUUCUGAAUAUUUUUGUUCAUUUGCGGUGAAAUAUAAUUUCCUUUUAGCAAUAAUCCCUAGAUUUCCACUCAUUUAGCCAGUGUUGGCUUUGGAACAAACUAACCUUAGGGCCUUCCUCGGCACACCCUUAUUCACACAAGCAGUCCUUACACCGAGAAAUCCCAUUGAUCAACCCGCACAGAAAAGGAAAUGGAAUAUGUUCCAAAAAGUAGAAGGAUGUAACGCAUGGACAUGAACUGUGAAGGUGGGAAGCACAAUGAGCAAGGGCCUGAUGUAACCCCCAUGGAAAUCAAUGGGGAUCUUUCCAAUGACUUAUGUCAGAGUUGGAUCAAGCCCUAAAUGAGCCAAAAGAGGGAGGAAGCAGUGAGGUAGAAUUCCCAACUAGACAUUCAUUUUUAUUGUUCUUGUUAUUUUUUUGUACAAUACAGUUUCUUUAACAACCCAGUAAAGUACAGCAACAUAUCCCCAUCACCGAUCCAAAGUGCAGCACUGGGCAUACUACCAUGUACUAAACAUAAGAGAACAUAACUGAGAGAGGCAUUAAUCAUAACUGCAGCAUAGAUUGGUCGCAGGUGUGAUAGGCGAGCACCUCAAGAAAAGUGCUUUAAGGAUAGUCUUGUGGCUAAAGCAUAGGAGUGUGAGUUAGGAUUCCUGCCUUCUGUUUGCAGCUCUGCCUCAGAUUGUGUGUGUGACCCCCCGGGGCAAGUCACUUCUCUCAUUGUGCUUCAGCUUCCCGAUCAGCAAAGAUUGUUGUGAGGCUCGGUUCCUUAAUGUUUGUCAAGUGCUUUGCAGUCCUCAAAUGGUGGGAGCAAAAUGUUGUUUGCUUACAGUUGGAGAGGUUACUUGCAAAAAUGUAAAGACAAGAGGAAGAAUCCACAUAAUAAAACAUCUGUUUCUAGAGGA